UUUACAGGCCAGCGCUGUCCGAGAUACGCCGCUCGAAAUAAAACGUGAAAACGCGGCCCGAAUCGAUAGCGGACGAAGCGAGGAAUUUAUAAAAGUGGCCGGGAGCGGGCGGGCAUCUGCGCUCUUGCUUUUGUGCCCGCGUCUCGGCCGCGCCGCUCCGGCGGGCGGGCGGCCUGCGCGUGCGAGCGAGACGGCGUUUGCGAGCUUGCUUCCCGCUGCGCGUGUCUGUCUGCCGCCAUGCGCGCCGCCGUGUUUGCUCCGCGACCUCGCGGCGGUGUGACGUGCGCUUAUUUAUGUUGGCGAUAAGUCCGCCGGCGAUGGCGUCUUCGGUGGCGGACGAGGCGGCGCCCGUGGGCCGCAUGGUGGACUCCAGCCAGUCGGAGGACCGCAAGAUGAUCCGGCUGGUCCGCGAGCGGCCGCUGCUGUACGCGCGCAACAACAUGCCCGUGGCCAGCGUGUACUCGCGCGUCAAGGGCCUGUGGCGCGAGGUGGCCGACCAGAUGGGCUGGAGCGUGAUGGACGUGCGGCGCAAGUGGUCCCACGUGCGCAACUCGUACUCGCGGCACCUGCGCAACGAGAUCCACGGCGCGCGCACCGGCCGCGGCCGCCGCGUGUCGCGCUGGUACCUGGCCGACGAGCUGGACUUCCUGCGCGAGCACAUGGCCACCGACCUACGAAUGUCACCUACCUUCCCAUACUCUGCAUCGCUUCUCGAAAUAGAAGGAAUAAAGUCGCCGCAGCAGGAGCCGGUGGAGACCAAGCCCUUCAUCAACAACCCCUGGCUGAGCAUCCCCUCGACCUUCGAGCCCAAGGCCGAGCCGCCCUCCAACGAUGACAGCUGCAGCUCGACGUUCGAGGCCGACGAGAACUCCUCCUUUUUCCAGUUCUUCCGCGGCAUCCACAACGACUACCAGGAGCUAUCCGCCAGACGGCAGCGCAUCUACAAGAAAAAGUGUUUGGACUUUUUGUUGGAGCUUCUGGACGAGCAGGAUUCGACGCAGUCGCCGCUGUACCAGAGCGGAGCCAUCAACCUGUCCAACUCGUCGCACGCCAGCGACGACGAGCGCGAGCACAAGGUCUGCGUCGUGGAGCACCUCGUGGAGCUGCCGCCCGCCUCCGACUGACUGUGAUACUGUGCACGGCGCACGGGUGUGCGCAGCGCAUGAGCAGAAUUGAGACAAUUCCGUAUCUACUAGUUGUACUUAGAUACGAUAAGUAGAUAUUGUAGUUAUAUCUAGCUAUAAAGAGAUAAUAAUAAUUAAUAAUCUUCUGACAGACUCACUAAAGGAGAACAAAAAUGAUUGUGUUGUCAUAACUUGGAGAUCAGAUUAUGAAAAAAUAAUAAUAUUUUUAAGUAUUUAAACAUAAUAAUUAAAUAACGUAGUGAUCCACUACGUUAUUUAAGUAUCACAUAAAAAAAAAAAAAAAAAACUUGCAAGACCCAAGUAAGGUAUUUUCCCUUCGUAUAAAACGUAAUCCUAAUAAGCAUACAUAAUAAAAACGUAUCACUUACAAAACAGGUUCCAAACGUUGAACAUUUUCAUGUCAAGGCUGGAUCGCGAUAACAGCGCCAAGGUCAGGGCGUUGCUAACUCGUUCCGGAUUAUAACAAUACGAUUCAUGCUGGAGAGUAAAACGCAUCACUGCGCACAAUGAAAAUAAUAACAUGGUACACCUACGAUCACAAAUUCAUUUUUAUUUUGUGCCAAGAUGCUGAUGAUCAUUAAGUAAUAUUACAACCAUGCCUAUGCCAAAUGAUUGUUAAAUCACUUUAAAUAGAAAUUUCUAGUGGUGGAAGUUUCAAGUGCCACAAUAAAGUGAAUGGGUGGGAUAGGUGGGUAAUUGAAGUUCCAGGAAAAUGUUAUCGUUAUAUGCAAUUAUUUCAUGUUAAUUGUGACUGUGACUAUGUAGGUAUUUGCUGUUAGAAAUUCAAACAAUACCUACUAUUUUUUAUUCUGUGACAAUACCUACAAUAAGAGCUAUUGUAAAUUACUAUAAUAAUAGUUUGUAGUUAUUAAAAAUAAAUAAGUAAAAGAGGGACGGAA